AUGCUAGCCCUUCGAGAUCAAGAGAAUCUCGCCCACGCCCAUCAGACAGCAGCUGCUGGAAAGCCUCUCAACCAAACCAUCCGAGGGCUCCAGCCCAAAACUCCAGGAAACUUCAAGACUCCUUUCAGACCCUCAAAGAACGACGAGAAUAGACCUCUCGAAUUCAAAGGCCAGAAGACCACUCUCAAGAAUGGACCUAGCAAGUUGGAGAAGAAUGCUUUUGUUACUCCUUUAGCUCCACGAAGCCGGGCACCUCUAGGCCAGAAGACCACCAACGCAAAAGCACACGCGUUUCAGACCCCCGCCCCUGCUCCAUUAACCAUCAAGCCCGGCAAGACUGUUCAGAAACACUCUUCAACGCGUCGUUCUGCACGCUCCAAAAUCUCGAUUGCGCAGUCUGAACCGGUCGAUGCGGAUGUGCUUACAAAGAAGCAACACGAGGACGAGGAACCAGAUUUUGGCUACGCCCCUCCUCCACCUGUCGCCCUCCCGGACCCUCCAUUGGAAAUCAACCAAGACUUGCUCUUGGACCUUUCAGGAGACUACUGCUCCGCUUUCGGCUCUCCGAAGGACGAGCAUGGGGCCUCACUUCGACUCAGACGAGAGGAGGAGGAAUAUCAGCAAUAUCUGAAGGAGCAGAAUCGAAAAAUCCUUGCUAGCUUAGACAAACCUCUUUUCCCAACAGCCAACGAGCUCAACAAACAGGUCGAUGAUAUGAUCGCUGCAGGACCUAAGAAAAAAAGACCUGCUCAUUCUAGAGUCGAUACUAUGCAGGCUAAAUCUGCCGCCGCGCUCCUAUCUGAUGCUCAGCCUCGCCUUCCACCAACUGCUUCGAGGCAAACCCAUGCGUCUGAGCAGAAGCAGAAAGGCCUUCUUGGCCUUGGGCGAUCUAAGCCGGCUUUGCCUCCCCAACCUCGAUCUUCAAGUCGGGCUGGAUAUGCGGCACUAUCGAAGAAUACCAUCGGCUUCCCAAAAGCGAAGAAGGCCCCAUCUAUUAUCCCCAAAGGACCUCAGUCACAAAAGGGCGUCGCCGCAUACACAUCAAAGGCGAUCAAGGUUGACCAGGCAAAAAUUCACCCAAGAGACUUUCGAGACCUUUACGGAUCCCCACCAGCUGAAAGUGACAUGUGGUUCAGGCUGAAGAACUACGAGCUGUUGGAGAAGGAUUUAUUCCAAGAAGACGGCGAUAGCCUUGCCGAUGAGUUGUUCGAGCCCGACUUUUUCCCAUUCGACAACUCGAAGCUGGAUGAUGAAGACUUCCAGUUGCCCAUGCCUGAAUGA